AUGGUAAAAGUCUGGCUCAUUACUGGAUGCUCGUCUGGCUUCGGUCAGGAAAUCGCCCUGGCCGCGCUGGCCCACGGCGACACAGUCGUUGCUACCGCGCGUGACCCCACCAAGCUUGCACAGCUCGCCGAGCGUGGUGCUAUCACGGAGCAGCUCGAUGUGCUCGAUAGCGAUGAAAAGCUGAGCAGCCGCAUCGAUGCAAUUGUGAAGAAGACGGGCGGGAUCGACAUUCUCGUCAACAACGCCGGCUACAUCCUGGCCGGCGGGGUCGAGGAGUGCAGCCGCAGCGAAGUCGAGGCGCAAUUCAGCACCAAUGUCUUUGGCCAGCUCAACAUCAUCCGCGCCGUGUUGCCCGUGAUGCGCAAGAAGCGCUCUGGCGUCGUCGCAAACUUGGGCUCCAUUGGCGGCUGGGCUGGAUCUCCUGCUGCGGGCUUGUACUGCGCCACCAAGGCCUGCGCCACCAUCCUCGCGGAAUCACUGCGCCAGGAGGUCGCCCAUCUCAACAUCAAGGUCACCUCCAUCGAGCCUGGCUACUUCCGCACCAACUUCUUAAGCUCCGGACACAAGACCAUGGCGGCUAACCGCAUCGCGGACUUGGCCGCAGGCGUCGACGGCACGUACGCCGGUCUCGAGGCUUAUAACCACAAGCAGCCCGGCGACCCACAAAAAGGCGCAAAGUUGAUUGAUGAAGCGCUUACGGGAACGGGCCGAUGCGAGGGACGAGAGCUACCUGUGCGUCUGAGUCUGGGCAGCGAUGCCUACCAGUUUGUGUCGGGUCACAUUGACCGGUACAAGAAGGAGCUUGAGAGCUGGAAAGACCUCACAACCACCACGGACUGCGACAACUGA